ACCGUACCUGCAUUUACCCAAAGUUGUGAAGAGCAGAUAAUGACGGAAAUUUCAGCAUUAGCCCAACAUCCUCCUGCGGUCAAAGUCGGAGGAAGACGUCUAUCAAUAAACUCCAAACCGCAUACCCAUCGUGCGCAAGCCACUUCUGAAGAAUCAGAUGAAAGGAAUUCUUCUGCAGUAAACAACUUUGAACCAUCCCGCACCAAGGCCGCCGCCUCGGAACCGUCUCCAGUCCCUUUUGACGAUUACCCUCGGCCUACGAGUCAUUCGCAGAAUGAGGAGAAUCAAGAGCAUAGGGAGGAGAUUCCGCACCUAAGAAAAGACCAGAAAUACGGGCAUGGCUCUAACGUAGGAGGAGGAACGGAGAGUUAUCCUAGUAGUAGGAAGACGGAGGAAACGAUGCCUACAAGGGAUUAUAAUGUCCACGGAGGUGGAAAGUCGUUUGGGGCGGGUGGCAGGAUUGUUCAGCCGACGGGAAAGGGCCUGUAAAUGUGAAAACAAUAUUGAAGGCAACAAAGAAAGCGUCCUCCCGUACCUGUUUGAUUGUUUUGAUUAUCGCACUCUUGUACUAUGUAUAAU